AUGCGAUCACAGCCCAAGUAUAAGCUCGACAAGCUCGUGGCCAUCAUCUCCGACUUCUACGAGUUUCUCACUACGCUUCAUUUCAAUCCUGAUGGUCUCAAAUAUCCUCCCCUUCAGGGAUGGCCGCAGAUAACCAGCACCACAAUUGGGCGCUGGCGACACGACUGGGCCACGCAAGUCCUGAGCAAGCUUCCCUAUUUUACGCGCGGACCCUCCGGUGGGCAGCAGAAACGCUACUUUAUCUACCUGGCCUUUGGGCAUGAAAGCGGCGGUCGCGAAAUUGUUCACAAUGUCAAGGGCGGCGAAAUCAUUGAGGAUAUUAUUAGAGUGCAGCAUGUGGACCAAAAAGAUAUCCGGGAGUACUUUGACGACCUGAAGGAAGAAUAUCGCAGCUUGCGCCUGAUUCCCUGUCACCGGUACCUCACGUUGUGCUCGGAGGAUGUCCCCGAGAGCUCAGCCGCUAUUACAGAGGAGAAUGUCCUGAGUCAGAAAGAAGAAUGGGGAACGAAUUUGGACAUUCAGUAUAUCAGGCAAGUAUAUCGCGAACAUGGCUGGCCGCAGGCAUUUCGCCGACAGGAGGCGUUUGCUAUUGUGGAGGGAUUGAUGGUGAAAUGUGAGGAGAGAGGGGAUAGUUCGUGGGAAGCUGAUGAUGAAGAUGAUUUUAAUGAGGAUUAUGAUGAGGGCGAGGGGGAUGAGGAAAAUGAGGAGGAAGAUGGGGAAGGCGAAGACGCGGAGGAUGAGGACGAUAAGCGAGUCCAUACCAAGGUUAACCGAAUGCUGUAG